AUGCUUUGUAUUUCAUACCAACCUGAUGAGAAGACAUGUGUGCAAUUCACAGUAAAGCUGAUGUAUUUUCUCCUGAGUGCCCUGGGUCUGGUUGCCUGUGUUUUGGCAGUGGCUUUUGCUGCACACCAUUAUUUGCAGAUGACACGAUUUACCUGUGAUACCAUCCUUGAUUCCUGCCAGUGCAAACUGGACACUGCAGACCCCCUCGGCAGGACCUUCAUCUACCAGGACGCAGCUGACUGCGGCAGCCUCACCAGCAUGCUCAACCUGUACCUGCUGCUGCAGAUGGGUCUCAACCUGAUCACAGCCCUGGUGUGCCUAGCAGCCUGUUUUGUGAUGUGGAAACACAGAUACCAGGUCUUCUACGUGGGCGUUCGGUUCUACCCCUUAACACCUACUGAGUGCCAGCAACAGAAGGUCUAG